AUGGAGAAUAUUGAUCAACUCAAUGUUUGGAAAUAUGAUCAUGCAAUACAAGAUUAUGAUCCAUUUCUACCUCCUUUUCCAUCUUCUUCAUAUGAUAAUAAUUAUCUUUACAGAGGAAACUCGAGUGAUGGUUAUAUUUCAAAAGAUUGGUCGUCACAUUAUGGAUUUCCCAUGCAAGAUACUAUAUUUGAUGCUAUCCCUAUCAAGGAAUAUUAUCAUCCUGAAUAUCAUUAUGAAACUUUUCCUAAUGAAAUAUCAACACAAAUAAGCAUACAAGACUAUGGUUUUUAUGAUGCUAAAAAUGAGGUUUCAACAUGGAGUGAAAUUGAUGCUGGAUUUUAUUUGGAUAAAAAUGUGUUUUCUAUUAGCAACAACAAUAUUGGAGAAAAUAAUGCAAUGGAAAAUGUGAAGGGUAAACGAUGUAGAGAAGAGAAUAUUAAUAGUGCAAGAAUGUUAACUAAAAAGAAUAUUUCUGAGUAUUUCUACAUGCCAAUAUCACAAGCUGCAAGAGAGCUUAAUGUUGGACUUACUCAUUUGAAGAAAAGGUGUAGGGAUCUUGGAAUUCAAAGGUGGCCCCAUAGGAAACUAAUGAGUCUUCAAACCCUAAUUAAAAAUGUUCAAAUAUUUGCGGAAAAUUUAAUUAUUUCAAGUUUAGAUAGUAGUAAAAAAUAUUGUGAGCAGGGAAAUGAGAGUGAUGAAAAAAUAAGGAAUGCUGUGGAAAUAUUGAAGAAAGAAAUGAAGAUGGUAGAGGAAAAACCAGAUUUGCAACUUGAAGAAAACACAAAAAGGCUUAGACAAGCAUGCUUCAAGGCUAAUUACAAGAAGAGAAGAUUAAUGGUCAUGAGAUUAAUGGAUCAACAGCAUUCUUCUCUAAGUGAAAGUGAAAGUGUUAAUAAUUACAAAAUGGGAUAA